UGAAAUAUCUAGGCACAAAACACUACGAUGGAUGAGGAAGAACAGAUCGCCGCAGACGUCAAAGAGCCGAAGGAAAAUAACAUUUUGUUGAUGUCUACAGCAGACGAUGACACGUCAUCAACUCGUGGAUGCUGUGUCCGGAAACACCCUUUUGAUUUAAAAGUCUUUCUUAAAAAAUAUUUUUGGGAAGGCCAGCAUCUUCUGCCAGCCCAAGAAGAGGCUCUGAGAAGUCUCUCUCCGGAUGCAAAGUGGUACAAGAAGUUCAUGGUGAAGCACAGACGCAUCGUUGCGUUCGCCAUCCCAGUGUCUGUCAUCAUGUUUGCGUGGCUGUCUAUUAUGAUCAGAUACAACUACUGGGGCCUUUUCACGGAUAAAUACUUCAUGACCAUAACCAUGGUGUUGGGCUCUUUAGUUGCAGGAAUGACCAGUGAGGCUGGAGGGGCCGUAGCGUUCCCUGUGAUGACCCUGGCGUUUAAAAUCUCCCCCAUCGUGGCCAGAGACUUCUCCAUGGCCAUCCAGUCUGUUGGGCUUCCGGCGGCAGCCUUCACCAUCAUCUACAUGCAAAUCCACUUAGAAUGGCACGCCAUACUUUUCUCCUCUCUAGGUGGCGCUGCAGGAAUCAUUAUUGGUUUGGAGUACGUGAGCCCGCUGUUGACGCCACCGCAAAAAAAGUUGGGAUUUGUCUGCAUCUGGUUCACGUUUGCCUUCGCUCUAUUUUUCCUUAAUAUAAACCACAAGCGACGUACUUUUCUUAAGAUACCAACGUUUAACUGUUGGAAAGCCUUGGUGUUGGUUCUGACAGGCUUCGCUGGUGGAAUGUUUACGUCGUUUGCCGGAAGUGGGCUCGAUAUCUGCAGCUUCAGCAUCCUCACCCUUCUGUUCCGCGUCAGCGAGAAAACUGCCACGCCCACCUCCAUCGUCCUGAUGGCGGGAAACACUGUGGUUGGACUGUUUUGGAGGGCUGUCAUCAUUGGAGGCGUCUCCAUUGACUGCUGGGAAUAUGUAGCCGUCACAGUGCCGGUUGUCAUUGUCGGCGCACCGUUCGGGUCGGUAAUUGGCAGUCACUUCCACCGCCUUGUCCUUGCUGCCUUGAUCUACGUGUUGGAUACCGUGGCUCUGGUGGCUGCCUUCGCUAUUGUGCGACCUUUAACCACCGAACUGAUCCUCAUCUCUGUUGGGAUUAUCAUAUUUGGUGCCGUUUUCUUUGCAUCGAUUACGAAAAUUGGCACGAGGAUUUUAAAGAACAUUGAGGCAUUGGAGAAGAGGUCGAAUAGAGGGGACGGGUUGGAGGAAGCUAACUCAGAAUUUGCGACGACUAGAGAAUCAUUGAAAACAAAAUCAGAUGGUCGUAAUACUGGCCAAUUCUUAAAAUAUUCUUACCAUGACAAAAAUUUUGAAACGGACAAUCAGAGAGGAACAAACAAAGAAAACGUUGUCACUGAAGUUAACACUUUACUCUAAAUGAUAAACAAACAAACAAACAAAGUAGACAUGGGACGGCUUUGCAAAAAGUCAGAAGAAGAAAGAAAGAAAGAAAGAAAGGGAGAAGAAAAUAAAAUCUACUACUUAUAGAUAUUUGGUCAUCGUUCAGGCAGUAUAAAAGUUUGAGCUUGAGUGAAUACGAAGCUUUGAAGUGAAACGAGAGGUUACUUAAUCAAAGGGGAACAAAGAAGAUGCCCUUAAAUUCAAAAUA